GAACUCUUAAAAAGAUUCUCGGUUCGGAAUCAAUGCGCAGUACACCGACCCUAAUAUUGUGCGCCCGCUGAUCGCAAUGCUUCAAUUUCAUCCCCCAUGUCUUCUCUCCCUUAUGCCGGCCGUCUUCUCAGGAAACUAAAUGUCCCCUUCAUCACUCGUUUCCUUCUCGCAAUAAAGCGCAACCCUACUCUCUUCUCCUUCUCCAUCUUCCUGGCAAUUUACAUCGCAACAGAAAUCAUCUUCUCCAUAUCAUUUUUCGCGGCUCUUACUGGAUGGCUACCCGCUUUUCCUGCGACGUGGAGAUUCCUGCUUAUACUCCUCUUCGUAAUUGGAUGGAGGCGUGGGCAUCUCCGAGCAAGGAUAUGGCAUGCUUCAGCGACACCCUAUCGACAGCCCCUUCGACGUUGCUGACGAAGAACACGCGUUGCUAGAAACAGCCGAAGAUGGUAGUGAGCGCUCUUCUAGGCCUGUAUCUCCGACUGCGCAUCUGGUGGCGCAUCAGACUCAUAAAUCAUGGUGGAUACAGCUUAUAAUAUACACCAUCCUGUUUUGUGUGAGUACAUGGGUCGGAGCGCAUUAUGAACAGCCAGGCGAUGUGCGCUAUAGAGAUGCAGUCCAGUCCGCCGUUGCACAUCCGUUAAGACAAGGGCAUGGGAAACAAGAAAAAAUAUUCAUCGCUGCGAUAUUCUACGACAACGAACUAGUGAUACCCUACUGGCACAACUCUCUCAUCAAAGCUAUUCGUUAUCUCGGUCCAGACAACGUCUUCGUCUCUAUCGUCGAGAGUUACAGUACUGAUACCUCACCUAAGCUUCUUCAAGAACUAGAUGCAGACCUUGCACUCAUGGGCGUGUCGCGGCGCAUACUCACAGGAGACGAGUCCAUAUCCAGACCUAACUAUUUCGGUGGGAGGGAGCGCAUCGAAUUCUUGGCCGCCACUCGUAACCGCGCACUUGAGCCCCUAAUGGAAGGAGGAUACGAUAAAGUCGUCUUCUCGAAUGACAUAUUUAUUGAACCCGAGUCUUUGGUGGAGUUACUGGAGACGAAUGAUGGAAACUACGAUAUGGCAUGCGGUCUAGAUUUUGGGCAUUUUGGCGCAUAUGAUAUGUGGGUUCUCCGAGAUCGACAAGCAAAGCUCACAAGUGGAAUAUGGCCAUAUUUCUUUGACGAAGCAGACUAUCGCGCGAUGCAGACAGAUUCUCCCGCGCCUGUAUUUUCCUGCUGGAAUGGUAUCGCUGUCUUCGCUGCAGAUCCUCUCAUUCCUGUACCCUUACGCUCCAACCGCACGCUUUCCACCGACCCUUUACCGUACGAACUACCCUCGACACACCCAGCUGCACAAGAUCUUUCCAUGCGCGGUCCCAGUCCCGCUCUGACACCCCCAAUACAGUUCCGCGUAUCUGCUCCGGGAGAAUGUUUUUCGUCCGAAAGUUUCUUAUUGCCAUAUGACCUGAGGCGACAGUUUAAUCUGCAGCACAUAUACGUCAACCCAAGGGUAAUCACUGCAUACAAGUGGAGAUAUUAUGCAUACUUCAAAUGGUUUAUGCGCCAUCCUGUACUCCGGUGGUGGAUCGAAAAGGUGUACAACGGGGCAUGGAUGGCGAGAAGUGUCUUUGUUGUGGGCGAUGCUACUCAGGUGUAUCGAUGGGAUGGGGGGGAUUGUCAUCCGUGGUAUUGAGCCAGACAAUUUAGACGCACCAGCUAUGGACUGCAUAUAUGGUACCACCUAGAGCGCUGCAGUAUUACCGCCUGCAUCAUACAUAAUACUUAUUAAUACAGUUUGUACAUCACCCAAAGAUGGAUUCGACUAGGCUAUAUUAUCGUCUCGUCGGGUGGAGGUUGAAAUUUCAAAGUUCGUGGUUUGACUUCAA